AAAUAAUUUGGUGGCUAACAUAUUUUCACCUUACCAAAACGCUGGUUGGCAUCAUUGUCAAACUGUCAAUUAAAGUACAAUCCUUCUUUCUGCUGAGCACGUUGCGGAGUGCAUCAGAAAAUGAGUUCUUUAAAGCUCCAGAAGAGGCUUGCAGCCUCUGUUAUGCGAUGUGGAAAGAAAAAGGUGUGGCUGGAUCCAAACGAAAUAAAUGAAAUUGCCAACACUAAUUCGAGACAAAAUAUUCGCAAGUUGAUUAAGGAUGGUUUGAUUAUUAAGAAACCUGUAGCUGUUCACUCUCGUGCCCGGGUUCGCAAAAACACCGAAGCGCGCAGAAAGGGAAGACAUUGCGGCUUUGGUAAGAGGAAAGGUACUGCUAAUGCCCGUAUGCCACAAAAGGAGUUAUGGAUUCAGCGUAUGCGUGUCUUGAGAAGAUUGUUGAAAAAAUAUCGUGAAGCCAAGAAAAUUGACAGGCACCUGUACCAUUCAUUGUACAUGAAAGCUAAGGGUAACGUAUUCAAAAACAAGAGGGUACUCAUGGAGUACAUCCACAAGAAAAAGGCAGAGAAGGCUCGCACCAAGAUGUUGCAAGAUCAGGCGAAUGCACGGAGGCAGAAGGUUAAACAAGCCAGGGAAAGGAGAGAAGAGCGCAUUGCUACCAAGAAGCAGGAGGUUCUACAGAACUAUCAGCGCGAAGAUGAAGCUGCUGCUACUAAGAAAUAAACUGUUUAUUAUGUAUUAUUCUUAAUAAAAUAGUUUAUAAAAC